AUGGUCGGAGCUCAUCGCUUGUUCCCGAAGAGCGCUUUGAGCGUCUCUCGCUGUUGGCAGUCCUCUACUGUUGCCACAUCCGCAACGACAGCAACAACAUGUUCAGUGCUAGCGCAUCAGCACUCUCAUAGACGAGCGGCUCGUCCGGAUCAAUUGCAAUCCUCGGCCUUCUCGACCGCGUCGGCACCCGUUCGCUCUCCAACGUCGUCUCGUCCGACGACUGGACCAUCUACUGGAUCCACAUCGUCUGCUUCUUCAUCGUCCGGCUCGUCUCAGUGGAAGCCUCCUCCGCCUCCACCGUCAGGGCCCACUGCCGCAUACCGCAAACAGUCUCGUAAAGAGUGGCUCCUCGUAGGCGUCGCUGGUUCUGCUGCAGCUGUAGGCUCUUGGUAUUACUGGUCCAAUAUUCGACCUCGUCAUCAAGCUAACAAGGCUGCCGCAGCUGCUCUCGCCGCCAACUCUGCCCCUUUCUCGAUCACGGCAGAGCAAAGAACCUCCUUCUCUAUCCCAACCCGCCAAGCUCAGGCUGGCGGCCCGACCAACAAAGUGGUCAACACGCUCACCAACGCAGAGGUCGAUCGGCGGCUAACAGAGAACCAGCGCAGUACCCGCGUUGAUCGACCCAAAGGAGCUUGUCUUGUCGCUCGCUAUGACACCAACUCCGUCGCGAGUAACGAUCCUAUUGAGGACAAGCGCGCAGAAGUGAUUGUCGAGCGAGACCGAGCUAUCGUCGACAGUCGACCCACUUCUUCCGCUACUGAUCCUAUCUCGCCAACGCCUAACACAGCUGCCGGUAGCGCUAAUGGCGAUCUCUGCUUCUUCGCUGUCAUGGACGGUCAUGCUGGUUUCCACACCAGUACGUUGCUUAGUCAGAAGCUGAUCGCGUUCGUCGCCCUUGAGCUUGACAAGGUCUUCAGAGAAGCUGGCGAGUAUGGAGAAAUUGCAAAAGCCAAGAGCGCUAUGCCCAGCAAGCUUUGGCGUGCCAUUGUAGGUGGUGGGCCAGGUGUCAAUGCUACUGUUGGUUCGAGUACUGGCCUGGACGGAGAUCCCGACAUCGUCAAGAGAGCCAUCGCCAAAGCUUUCCGCGGCCUUGACAAGGAGAUCGUCAACACACCUGUCGAGCUGCUCAAGGAGUAUGAGCUUAGUCUUGCUUCCACUUCUUCCAGCUCGGUCGCACCUGAGGGAGGCGCAGGCAACACGCCAAGCCUGAGCUCGCUUGCUCACAGCAUCUUCCCCAGCUCCACCAAUGCCACCUUCACUGCCACUCAGAAGAGUGCCUACGAGAGCAUCCUCCCUGCUUUGUCUGGUAGCUGUGCAUUACUCACUUACAUUGACUCGGCACGACAGGACGUCUAUGUUGCCUGCACAGGUGACUCGCGAGCUGUAGCUGGUUACUGGGAUGAAGACACGGGUAAGUGGGAGGUAGAAGCCCUUUCAGUUGAUCAGACUGGUCGCAAUCCAGAUGAGGUGCGAAGGAUGCGCUCCGAGCACCCGGCUUCCGAGUCGGAGAAUGUCAUCCAGCGCGGUCGUGUGCUUGGUGGACUUGAGCCCACACGCGCCUUCGGAGAUGCAAGAUACAAGUGGGAUCGUGAACUUCAGGGACGCCUGUAUGAUGCUUUCCUUCCCGGCGGUCGGGCCUCGACGCGUGGCCCACCUCGAGGCUUGGAAACGCCUCCUUACGUCACCGCAACACCCGAGGUCGAAUGGCGUCGAGUCGGCGAGACGAGCGCAAGACCCAACCGGGAGCUCCGCUUCAUCAUUAUGGCCACCGAUGGUCUUUGGGAUAUGAUGAGCAACGAAGAGGCAGUCAGCCUGGUCGCUGGUCAUCUAGCUGGUAUCAAGGGCACCAUUCGUUCAUCAGAGCUGCAGAAACACACUUUCCAGCCGAUCGACAAGCUUCACUCUUUGCCUUCAACAUCCUCCGCUCAUGUAUCUUGUCCCUCUGGCACUCCGGCACGAGGAGGAGCUACGACUGACGGUCAGACAGUCUCGUCACCGGUGCGAGCUGCUUCUUCAGGCGAGCAGAGAGAGCUGGCUGUGUCUAAGCAGCACCCCUUGUCAAAAGGACCUGAGCCACUCAGAACAUUCCAGUUCCAGGACGACAACCUUUCGACCCAUCUCAUCCGCAAUGCCCUUGGUGGUGCCAAUCAGCAGCGUGUAGCAGGUCUGCUUGCGAUUCCAGCCCCGGAGAGCCGAAGGUAUAGGGACGACAUUACAGUCAACGUCAUCCUCUUCAACUCGCCCACUUGCAUUCCUGCGCAGCCACCGGCGGCUAAGCUUUGA